GCGUACAUUGAUCACCUUACAGAUGAGAUGAAAAGGAAUGCUGAGGAAGAGUGCCGAAUAGCCAAAGCAAAAGGACAAGUGGAUGCGGACGGCACGCCUUGGAUAGCAGUCUACGUUGACGGAGGUUGGUCCCACCGUAGUUAUGGUCACCGGUAUACAGCAAAAUCCGGCUGCGCCGUGAUCAUUGGAAAGGAGACCGGUAAGCUGCUGUAUCUUGGAGUCCGUAACAAGUACUGUUAUAUCUGCAAGGUUGCAGAGCGACAAGGCAGAGCCUGGCCCGCCCACACUUGCUACCAGAACUGGACAGGGUCAUCUCCUGCAAUGGAGGCAUCCAUAAUUGUGGAGGGGUUCCUGGCCUCUGAGAAGGAGUAUGGUCUCCGAUAUAAAAAAAUCAUUGGCGAUGGAGAUUCCAGUGUGUUCAGCCACAUUGUGGAAAAAGUGCCGUAUGGUCGAGAAGUCAUAAAAGUUGAAUGUGUGAAUCAUCUAUUAAAAAACCAGACGAAGCAACUUUAUGACCUUAAAAAAGCUUGGAUAAAACGCCACCAACAAGCAAAGGAGAGAGCUAAACAGCAGACUCAAGGAGCCAACAAGUCGAAUAAAGUCGUCAGCAAAGAGAGAGAGUUUCUCACAGAUGCCAGGAUAAAAAAAAUCGGGAAGACAGU